UUAUUUACGUGGGUACUUUGGUUAAAAGGAGCUUAUGAAUAUAUAAAAAUGCUAAAGUGGAUAAAAGUGAAGCAGGACACUGCAUCAGUUGCUAAAGAAACGAGUAACAGUAAAGUUGUGUCUAAAGGUACUGAAAAUGAUGAUAUUGAACCCGAAAUUGAAGUCGCUUGUAAGGCUGAUGACGGUGAAGCUGCUGCUAAGAAAGAGGAAGAGGAAGACAGUGGAAUGGAGAGAGAAGACUCCCCGGCAAUCGAUUUGAGACGCUUGAAAAAAGACCUAUUCUCCCAGCUGCAGUUUUCGCAGGACAGCGCUUUACCGCCCGAUGCCCUUCGCCAAGCCUUAGCCAAGAGUUUCCUCGACCAACAACGUUUCCAAUUGGGUUUUAUGGACGACGCAGCAGAAUGCUUCGAAAACAUUUUGUUACGAAUUCACCUACACAUCGCAAGUGGCGAAGCAGAGGAUAUGUGCAGUGCAAGACACUGUGUUCCGCAUCAAAAAUUUGCAAUGACUUUAGUGGAACAGAGCGUAUGUGGCGCUUGCGGUGCCACAUCUGAGCCAUUACCGUUUACUCAGAUGGUUCAUUAUGUCUCUGCGUCAGCGCUGACUUCACAAGCACGGCAAACUUUACCAGCGGCCAAGAACAGCCCUGAUUUGUUCGGACAACUUUUGAGAAAAGCUGGCGGUAUGGGAGAUAUCCGUGACUGCCCAAGCGCAUGUGGUGCCAAAAUCCAAAUAUGCCGAACGCUGAUGAACAGACCGGAGAUUGUAUCAGUGGGUGUGGUGUGGGACAGCGAAAGACCGUCACUUGAACACAUCAUGGAUGUGUUCGCAACUGUCGGUACGUGCUUGCGACUCAGUGAUGUUUUUCACAGCGUUGUAGACUCAAGAUGGGGUGCAUCUACAGUUCACAAUCUCGUUGGGGUAGUCACGUACUACGGCAAGCACUACUCGACAUUCUUCUUCCAUACCAAGCUAAAGGUAUGGAUAUACUUUGAUGAUGCAACGGUGAAAGAAAUUGGACCGAGAUGGGAGCAGGUAGUGGAAAAGUGCAGACGCGGUCGUUAUCAACCACUUCUUCUACUUUACGCAACGCCUGGUGGUACACCAGUUAACACAGAAAACGCGCCUAAAGUCGUAACGCCAUUUCCCAACACUAAAGGCUGGAAGACGUCACCGCAGAAAAAUAAUUCUCGGCGUUCUGUUACACCUAGUCCAGAGAAGCCGUUGAUCAGUAAUACUGCCAGGCGAGCUAUUACACCAAACCCUGAUAGUGCCCAACCGCAUGCUUACACUCAACGAAGAGUAUACAGUGAUUAUCAAAAUCUCACUGACAUACAAAAUAAUAUCUUUGGAAUCAAGGACGUUGACACUGUUGACGGUGAAAGUGAGUCAAAAUACAUAAGCCGUCGUGCAGUGGAGAACGUGAUGCAGCAUCAAAAAAAGCAACAAAUGCAAUUAACGCGUAGCUUAAGCGCUGGUUCUAAUACACAAGAUGGUUUAAGCAUUCCGGAUCACUUGAAUGUACCACGAAGACGUGAUUCUGGAAACUGGUCUGGAGAUCGUAACAGCGCCUCUUCAAGCUCUUCAACGACAAUGGAUAAUCCUUAUCUGUACAUUGUUCAUAAAAUGCAGAGAAAUUCAGGUGUACCUAAAAGCCCAACCAGUAAAUCUGGUGAAUUGUCGAGUAGCAGCAGCGGUCACUAUGACGCUGGAUACGAUUCAUAUUCACUUUCUUCAACAGACAGUCUUACUAUUCAACAAAGUCUUAAACAUAAUUUACAACUUGCUCAAAUCCCUGAAGGUUAUCAAUCAACUGUUGGUAGUGAUUGUGAACGACUGUGCAAAGAGACUGAUGCACUGUUGGAAAAAUCUCGUGCAGCAGAAGACGCCGGUGAUUUGGGUACCGCUGUAGCACUCUGCAGUGCCGCAGCUAAUAAAGCACGAGCCGCUAUGGAUGCACCUUAUAAUAAUCAUAAUACCAUCACAGCAGCACGUCUGAAAGUAAAUACUUGUGUAAUGAGAUCGAGAAGUCUUCACAGGAGGAUACUGCAAGAGCACGCGAUAGCUAACGGUGGAAAAGAAGAAGCCGCGGCUGAUGGAAGACAUACAAGAGAAAACAGUAAAUCUGGACAACAUUCUCGACAAAAUUCACGUGACAAAGGCAAUCAUUCACGGCAAAAUAGUCGUGAGUUAUUGAUAAAUACAACACCGGUAAUAGAUAAACCAGCGGUUAAAAAUAUUGAAAUCUAUGCAACUUUGCCGAAGAAAAAGACUUUGAGAGGUAAAGCUACCGCUGUAAAUGUUAUUGAAGAUGAAGAGUACAUGUUGUAUGAUAAACCAACUCAACGAACGGGAUUUUUUGGUCGAACAAAACGAUGUGAUGAUGAUAAGAAAGAGAAAAAACGGGCUAGGAGUGAAGAACGUAAUAAAAAUAUUUCAAAAGACUUUUCAAUAGCACCCUCAAAACCUUCUGUGUCGCCAAAAAACACUAAGCCAGAUAAGACUUGUAAAGAAACCUCUGAUUCAAGUAAAAGUUCACAGAGUAAUACAACAUCAGCGGCUGUUGAUCAGAAGCAAGGUAAAAAGCAGCAUAAAAUAAGAAGAAAAUUAUUAAUGGGCGGUUUAAUUAAAAGAAAAAAUCGAAGUAUGCCCGAUUUACGUGAAGGUCAAGAUGGUCAACCGAUUGCUGCGACUAAGGAAAAUACUUCGAAUACAUUGCCAAAACAAUCAGUUGACGAUUCAAAUGUCGGUUUGAAAGCCAAUGAAGUCGGUCAAUCUUUAAGCGGUUACUUGUCGGAGGGCCACCUAGAGUUUGCCGGCAACUGCAAUGCCAAUCCAAAUUUAGAACGAAGUCGUCUGAUGAGAAAAAGCUUCCACGGUAGCGCUGGUAAGGCGUUACACGUUGCGAAAGUUCCUCCGCCACCACCGCUCCGGACCACUUCUCAGCUUAGCAAGUCUAAGUGUCCUGAAGUGCGCAAUGAGCAAGAUAACAUCAAUAAGUCCUCAUACAAUAAUAAUAAUAAUAAUAAUAAUAAUAUCAACAACAAUAAUAACAACCAAAUUAAUGGUAAUAUUAAUAAUAAUGAUGGACAAUGUGCGAUUACUUCUCCUCAGGAUCAAACGACUAAUGCUUACUGGAGUCAUUUGAAUCCAGCUAAUUUUGAUUCAAACAGUCAACUUUGUCGUAACAAUUAUGACGAAUAUUUAUCAGAGCCCCAGUCAUUACCAUUUCUACCAUCUUACAAUUCUGAAGGAAAUAAUUUAAUGACGUCGCCGGUUAAUGUUAAUCAGCAGCAACAACUGCCACAAAAUGGUCCAGCUAAACCAAGAAUCCAAGAUGACGUUGUGCAGUAUGCAAAUGGUAUUUUGUAUGAACCAACAUUUGUUGUCACGCGAGCUGAUGUUCACAAUGAACAGAGUCCAGUGAAAGGUCAACAAUUAGAAGUCCUUCCACCUUAUCCUGAAAAUAUGACCAAUGUGUCACAUUCAAGACAACCGAGUGAAGACUUCCCACCUCCACCUUAUCCAGUAAUCCCCUCGGUUAAUCAUUCACGUCAACCUAGCGAAGAUUUUCCACCACCACCUAGUCCCCUUGAAAUUGAAAAUACUCUACUUUAUCAGCAACAACAACAACAGCAGCAACAAUUACAACUACAAUAUUUACAACAACAACAACAACAACAACAACAACAACAACAACAGCAGCAAGAACAACAACAACAAAUUAAUAUUCAGCAACAGCAACAACAACUGAAACAUCGCCAGCAUCAGCAGUUGCAGCAACAACAACAGCCAUCUCAACAAAUGCAAAUGCAAGCAAGUCAACAGCAGUCAAUGGAGGCUCAACAAAUAAGCAGCUUGUUAGCUCAAUUACAAAGUAAGAGAGCGCAGGUUAUGUCUUCUGAAAAUGUUGAAGAAAAGAAGAGAAACUCAACGCAUGAAGAUGAGGAUAAAAAUGGUAGUGGAACUUGGUUACGUGAACUACAAUCUAAAUUAGGUGAAAGAAAAAUGAAGAAACAGGGACCGCUGGAUGGUCAGGAUGUCCCGAAAAGCAUUGCUAGGCGUACUAGUGAUUUGAUGAUGAACAGUGUUGGACCAAUAACAAAUCAACCGCAGGGCGUUGAUGUAACUGAUUGUCCUCGAGUAAUUUCUUCGGUUAAGGAUAUGGCUGCGAGAUUUGAACAAAUAAAAUUACAUCCAACGCCUAAAGUUGAUUUAGACGGUAAAGUUCAGUUAAAAUUGACUUCCAAUUCAGUAUCACCCUCGCCAACAAUGGGAAACAGCAAUGAAGUACAAAAAACAGAAGAAACUAUUAAUCAAUUGCCAUUGUCGAGCGAAAAUUUAGCAGCUUUUACUAAAUUUGAUAACUACACAAGUUUGACAUCGAGCGCUGAAUCAACUUCAAGUCAAAGCACAUUCGUUGCACUACCAUCUGACAAUUCAUCAAGUAAUCAUCAGCAGACUAGUGGGUUAAACGCUGCUAUUUUAUCAAUGUCUCUGACAUUACCUCACGAGACUGGUCUUCCAAUAGAUUAUCCAGAAGAUGAUAUUAGUGAAGUAGCUAUGCAGAAUACUAUUCAAAAUACAACAAUAUUGCCAAUGGAAGCGGAUUUACUCGUAGCUAAGACAAAACGUCGAAGCGGUAAGAAGAAGAGUGUAUCAUUUUGUAAUGAAGUUGUUCUAGUAGCAGCAGCUGAUGACGAUAUAAAGCACUCUGAAUAUCCUCAUCCAAUUCUUGAACGUGUAUUAAGAUCAACGAUAAAUAAACCUGAAUCAGUUCAAGUAAUGCGUGAAAUACAGAGCCUAAAAGAGGCUGAGAUGAACCGUGACAGUAAUCAAGUGACAAGAUUCCAGCAGCACACAUUGCCAUUGAAAAACGAAGCGGACAGUACACCAUCAACCACAUUCCAAGAUCAAUUGAGGAGUGUCAAUCCUAUAAUACCGUUACCGGUCGAUAGUAAUUUACGACCGACUUUCACGCGUCAAAAUCCCACUGACCCGCCGGUAAACACAAACACCUCGACCUCGAUUACUCAACAACAAGAGCCCAAGAAGUACACUCCUUAUGUUGGUAGUGACUGUCAUAGUGAUGUUAUACGGGAUAGUUAUCCACCUGCUGUCUCUUCUUCAGCACAAUCUAAAAUGUCUUACUCACCGCAACUUCAACAACAGAUAAGAUAUGCCCAGAAUGGUUUGACGUACAAUCAGUCCUCCUCUUCAUUGUCUACUCAAGGAUAUACUCAACUUCAUCCGUCUCAUCCAUGCAAUCCAGCUGUGCCAGUAUCGCAAACACAAAAACCCGCGAGUCCUUACACAGUACAAAUGCACAAUCAAUAUCCACAAGUUAAUAUUCAGCAACAGCAACAACAACAACAACAACAACAACUUAUUAUGAACAACAACAACAGUGCUCAGAAAAAUGGAUACCCGGUAUACUAUCAUCUCGAUCAACAACACAAUCAGAUGAAUUUACAAAUGACUAACCAGCAGUUUCAACAGAACGGGACAAAUCGAACUCAAAGUGUAAAUUCCAGUCCUAUUACUGUACAAAAUCCUCAACAAUUCGGAUAUCAAACAAAUCAAUCUCAAAAUUCUUAUCAGCAGUACCCUACGCAAAACCAGUACUCGAGCAAUAAUUAUCAGGGUUACACGCUUCAAAAUGGCGCUCAACAAAGCAGAGCGAGCCCUUCAAUUCCUCAGUACCAACCGCCACCUAAUCUAGCGGUUUAUCAAUCGCAACAAUCCCAAUCUCAACUUACAUCACAGAAAAAUUUACCACAGAAUCCACAAAAUCAACAACUCCAGUCUCACCAUCAACACCAAAUGGCUCAAGCGUUUCAACAGCGCGGUGAAAAUUAUCAACGUCCCCCGCAAAAAACAGAUCAGCAAAAUAUCCUAGCACCGAAUCAAAUGUACACAAAUUCUCUGCAAAAUGGACAAUCUAAUAUAAAGUUACAAAAUUACCAACACCCACCUGCUAAUUCUGCUGUUGCGAUUAAAGCACUCAAACAAGGGCCGCUUUUGACAAAUGGUAAAUCUAAUUCUAUGAGUUUACUUCAACCGGCAAAUCCAAUGCAAAAAACAAUAUCUGCGCCAGCCAUUUCACGAGCAACACUCCCUGUAAAAUGUAAUCUUUGUCGCCUGAAACCAGCUACUGAAACCGGAAUGUUCUGUGUAAAUUGUGACAAAUUUGUGAAUAGAUCUUGGUCGAAAAAUUGA